UUAUGAAGAAGUUUGUCCGGAUAUGUUUUUUUAAAAAGAAAGAUUUUAACUUUUUUCAGUACCCGUUUGUAUCUAUUUUCUGCUCACCUUUGCGUGAUGAGGGAAUUGUGGUAGAACAAGUUGCGUGCCCUUGGGAUGUAAAAAGUUUUUAUUGUUGUAUGUUGCUUAAUAAGAGUGCAGAGAUGGUUGUUUCUAUUGUGCCUGAAAGGCGAAAAGCUUUAUUUGGGGAAUGUAGAGUAUAUUGGAAAUUUAAGCUUAAUUGUUAUGAUUGUCCUGUUACUAUUGCUAUUGAUUGCCCACAAAUAGUUAAUGUUUCUUCUGACAAACGAUUGCAAUUAAGAAAAGUUAGAAGCGAUUUGGAAUGUCGAUUUUACUUCUAG